AUGGGAAGCAAAGGAGGGUUCACCCUGCUUGGGGUCUUGAUCAUCCUUUCUGUCCUCUAUGAUUCAGGUUAUAGCCUGCAGUGCUACACCUGUAUCAACCCAGUUGGUUCGUGCAGUAUCAUCAAAAACUGUACAGUUAAUUUUGAUGCAUGUCUCUACGUCAAAGCCGAGACACGAACGUACUACCAGUGUUGGAAGUUUGAAAACUGCAACUACAACUACCUCUCAAAUGACUUAGGAGAGAAGACUCUACAGUACGAAUGCUGCCAGAAGGACCUGUGUAACAAAAGUAAAAAAAGCAGCAGUGGGACGAGCAUAACAGGGACCAUCGCUCUGCUGGUGACUCCGCUGCUCACAGCAUUCUGGAGACUUCUUAUCUAAAUCAAUACCAGGAGAGAUUCUCCUAAC